CCCAACUCAUCCAUGGCCUCAACCUCGUCCCUAGAAAACGUCCUCCAAUCCACCGGAGAACCCACUGAGAAAAGCCGAGUGGCGAGAAUCCGCCUUGCCGUCCCCGAGGAUGUGCCCCACCUCCUGAAACUCAUCCACCAAAUGGCCGUUUUCGAGCACAUGCCCCACCUCUUCCAAGCAACAGAGCACUCCCUCUCCUCAACUCUUUUCUCCUCUCCUCCAUUUCAGGGAACCACAGUAUUCAUUCUUGAGAUUUUCAGUGAUUUUCCACAAAACCCAUGUGACAAAAACCAGUUUUUCAAGCCAAUUUUCAAGAAGCUGGUUUUCGAUCCACCUGUUGAAGACGUAGAGGCCAAAACCUUUGCUUCCUCACAAAAUGGAGAUGGAGUGGUUGCUGGUUUCGUGCUGUUUGUUCAGAACUAUUCGACAUUUUUGGCGAAACCUGGGUUUUAUAUGGAGGAUUUGUUUGUGAGAGAGUGUUACAGGAGGAGAGGGCUUGGAAGAAUGUUAAUGGAGAGUGUUGCAGGGCAAGCUGUUAAGAUGGGGUUUGGGAUAAUGCAGUGGUGUGUUUUGGAUUGGAAUGUGAAUGCAAUCAAGUUUUAUGAGGAGAUGGGGGCUGAGGUUAUGCAGCAGUGGAGCCUUUGCAGGUUGAGUGGAGAGGCUUUGGAAGCUUAUAGGGGUAAGGGUGAUGGUAAUGUUGAUGAUGAGUCUGGUUAGACUAUCUCUACAGUUUGGUCCGGUUUCUCCCGCUAGCGUAUUUUCCCUCUCCACUUGUUGAGGGUUUUCUCUCUCUACGUUUAUGGGUUGUCUCUCUCUAGCCCUAAGCUCCUUUCUUGUAGUCUCACUCUCUCUCUCUCUCUCUCGAAGUUGUGAUCUCUCUUAGA